AUGACUAUGAACAUGUUUGAACCUUCUGCUAUCAAAGUCAAGGACAUGCGUGAUCCCGGCUCUACGUCCAUCGAAUUGCAUGUUAAGGUUGAGACUGCCGAGGGCACAGAUCUCCCAGAAAUCUCAGACGAACGACUUCCUCGGGGCCAGCAGGGCCUGACGUUCAGCAUUGAAUCCAUCCUUCGCCUGAAAACUUUCUACUCUUUAUCGCCAUUUCCUACUGUGCCUGGACAGAAAUUUUCACAAAAAAGGGUACAGUACGUCUUAAAGAUGAGAUAG